AUGGCGUCCAAAUCCAUAUUAAGCAUCACUGUAAUUGCACACAGUUUUAUCGUCUGUGUCCCGGAUCAAAUUCCUGGGCAAUUUCGUUAUUCUAUUCCCGAGGAAAUGGUCGAAGGGACAAUUGUUGGGAAUAUCGCUCAAGAUUUGGGAUUGGAUGUACCGCUUUUGUCAGCUCGUAAAUUUCGUCUCAGCUCUAAUGACGGAGAACGGUACAUGAAGGUUAGUUUGGAUAAUGGGCUUUUAUCUAUUUGUGAAAGAAUCGACAGGGAACGUAUUUGUGGGCAAAUAGAGUUGUGUACUAUACCUUUGGAAAUAAUGCUGGAAAAUCCAUUAGAGGUGUAUCGCGGCGAAGUGGAGAUUCUUGACGUAAAUGACAAUUCUCCUACAUUUCGGGACACACAUUUUGCCUUACAAAUGUCUGAAGCCAUUCCACCGGGGGUACGUUAUCGACUCAACAGCGCGGAAGACGCUGAUACUGGAAUGAAUACUAUCGCUAAUUAUACAAUCAGUUCGAGAGAGUACUUCAGUCUGAAAACACGGAGAACCGAGGAGGGUAUUAUAAUUGCUGAGUUGCUGUUAGAGAAACUUUUGGAUCGAGAGCUCCAAUCAUCCUUUCAGCUGGUGCUUACUGCAGUGGAUGGUGGGAAUCCUCAGAGAACCGGAACAGCUCAGAUUCUCAUUACUGUACUGGACAUUAAUGACAAUCCACCUGUAUUCGAGCAUGAUGUUUACAGGGGCACUAUUACUGAAAACACACCACAAGAUACCGUUGUGUUAACAGUUAAAGCAAACGAUUUGGACGAAGGGCUGAAUGCAGAGCUAACAUAUUCUUUCAGUGAUGUUAUUACUUUGCGAAGAAUGCGUGAUUUGUUUUCCUUGGACCCAAAAACUGGAGAAAUUCGAGUCAAAAGGCCGCUAGAUUUUGAAAAAUCAAACAGCUAUUCACUCGAUAUUCAAGCUGUUGAUCACGGGUCGCCUGCGAUUACGGGACAAUCGAAAGUGCUGAUUAAGGUAACCGACGUGAAUGACAACGCACCCGAGAUAAAAGUGAAGUCAGCCACAAUCCAAAUCCCGGAAAAUGCUACGCCCGGAAAUUUAAUCACCUUGAUUGAUGUCAUCGAUCGUGAUUCUGGAGAGAAUGGUCAAGUGCGCUGCGAAAUAGCACAGAACGUCCCGUUUAUGCUACAAAGAUCGUCCAAUCAUUAUAAAUUAAUUACAAGUGGAACGUUGGACCGUGAAACUGUGUCUAAUUAUAAAAUACUUAUUUCAGCCUGGGAUUUGGGGUCACCGUCUCUGUCAACAAAUGUAACCAUCCAUAUCAUAAUUACAGAUAUAAAUGAUAAUGCCCCACGCUUUGCUGAAUUGCCCUACAACUUUUACGUGACUGAGAAUAACUCUCCUGGCGCUUCUCUCUUUGCAGUAACGGCUUUAGAUCCUGAUCUGGAGCAGAAUUCCUAUGUUUCUUAUUCCAUUCUGGACAAUUACAUUCAAAACUUUCCAGUGUCCACGUACCUGAACAUUAACUCUAUGAACGGCACCAUUUACGCUCUGCGCUCUUUUGACUAUGAGGAACUGAAAAGUUUUCAGAUCCAUGUUCAAGCCCGUGACGCUGGAGUGCCACCGUUGAGCAGCAGCGCUACUGUGAAUGUCAUCAUCCUGGAUCAAAAUGACAACGCGCCAGUGAUCGUUUCACCUUCAGAAAAUGGUGGAUCAUCAGCCGUGGAAACCCUGCCCCAGUCAGCGGCUCAGGGGUACUUGGUCACCAAGAUAAUGGCCACUGAUGCAGAUUCCGGUCAGAACGGGCGAUUAUUUUACCAAAUGGUGAAAGCUACUGAUCCCAGUUUGUUUAUUAUUGAUCAAACGUCUGGUGACAUCAGAACAACGCGUAAAAUCUUGGAGGCGGAUCUCAACACGCAAACGUUGACAAUUUUGGUGAAGGACAAUGGGCAGCCUAGCUUAUCUAGUACAGUUACCUUUCACAUCACAAUUCUGCAGAAUAGCACCGAAACUCCCACAAAAAACAGCAAUUUAGUGAGAAAUUCAGAAUCUUUUUCCGAUCUAAAUCAUUAUUUAUUGGUUAUUUUCAGUUGCACUUCCAUUGUCUUCCUUCUGCUUAUCAUUGUGCUUAUCGGGAUCAAAUGUAAACAGGAGAGAAGUAACCCCCAAGAGUGUACAUCGCCCAGUUAUUUUUACAAACGUGGGGAGAUGCAGGACACUUUUAGUCGAAGAUCUGCAAUGGAGGAAACUUUUCGCUAUCCUGGUACGGACCAGGUCGUCCGCAUGCCAGGACUGCCUCAGUACUCGGUCUGCCUGUCUCUAGAAUCAGCGAAAAGCGACUUCCUUUUCUUGAAGCCGUGCGGCCCUGUCAUCUCUCAAGCCCAAUGCUAAUUUACGGAGAACUACAACAUAAACGUAUGCUUAUUUUAUGUGUGCUUACUUUUGUUUAUAUUCUGAGAUGUAGGAUACUAUGGUAAAGUAUUUUAGACCAUAUAUCUUUUCAGCAACUUAUUUUGUAAUUUUCUGUUGCCAAAGAAUAUAGUUGUCAUAAUGGUCAACGAUAAAUUUACAUCAACCUGUAUCCACCCGUCUGAGCGUGGCAUCUGUUACCUUUGGAGAAUCUGAAAGCAGCUCUCUUACGUACUUCUGCACCCAACAUCAACUGCGUAUUUUUAAUCCUGUCGAAGUCCGCAAAGCAGGCCCUUCUUCCACCUUUCUCCCUUGACCCCAUCCAAAGAUCUGCUUCGCAGGGAGAAGUGAUUUGUAUACAACAUUUCUAUUCUAAUCCUGAAGCAUAUUAAUUUGGAUAAAUCCCCGUGACUUGAACCAGCUUUUCUUGGGAUAUUUUGGGAAGCUAGAGAGGACAUCGCAAAGGCCUGGCAGAGACAUAUCCGCAGUUUAUUUUUGUCAAGUUUGAGGUAGAUAUUAUUGGCAGAAAGUUUAACAAGGGCUUCGACUUGUAUCUGUACAGUGGUUUAGACUGAAUGAAUAAGUCACAUGGGAUCCAAGACGAGUUAAACAGCUGGAUAAAGAAAUGACUAGAGGAAUGAUUCAGAGAGUGCUUGCGGAGGGUUGUAAUUUAUGUUGAUGGCCUGUGGUUAAUGGGAAGUCAAAUGUAUCAGUGCUGAAUUCAUCCUUAUUUGUUAUUUCUAUGUACUGUUUGCACGAAUAUAAUUCUUACUCGGUUAGUAUGUUUCUGGAAAAUAUCAGAAAAGUGAAUGCGCUAGAGAGAGAGAAGAAUAUUAUCUAAGCUAAAUUCAACGUCUGCUAGAUAACUGUAAAAGUGGUCUAAGAAAGUUAGAUAAAAUAUAAGUUAGGUAAGUGCGACCUGUUGCAAUUUGUUCCAUUAAACCAGGAAGUGUGUGCACAUUAAUUCCUGCAAAUCUGAAGGGCAUCAUAGAACAGAAAGCUAAAGGCGCAGAUAUAUCGUUGCCUGAAAGUAAAGACAGCGGUACACAGUUUGGGGGAGAAAUUAUUUAGUCUAUUUACUUUCAUAAGCCACUAUUUAGAUUACUGAUUCCGUACUUUAUGUUGCAACUCUGCGGUUCGUUGGUGAGUUCUACACUUACAAUAUGGUGUGCCGUUUAUGUUGGCCCACGAACGGAAAGAUAUCAAUAGCUGGUAAUGGUAGAGAAAUAUUUCGCAAGGUGCUACCAGUACUGGAGGGCUUACUCUAUAAGGACUGGCUGGAUAGGGUGAACUUGUUUUAACCAGUAAGAUAGGAGACGGAGCAUUGACCUUAUGACGGAGUAUAAAAUCAAACUAAGACAAAUAAGGGUUGAUUUGAUUGACAUGUUGGGCGGCAUUGACAUGUUCAGCCAAAGAGCUGACCUUCGAGUUGUAUUACUCCCAGACUCUAAUACAAAGAAUUGGUCAUCGCAAUGUGUUUUUUUUCUGCAUUGGUGAACCAAAAGCAGAUUGGGUGAUUGAUUGCAGCGCACAGGCGCUUAAACAUGCAUCCGGUAGUUUACCCGUUGAUUCGAUGUUUCAUUAACACGUUGACCUUUCUGAAUCUGGCUUCCCGCAUUGUUUCAAAGAGGCAAAGGCAAGACAGCAAGACUGAAGGGUAACACUUCACCUUCCAGUUGGGAAUGUUUCAAAAUUUAAUUUUGAAUUAAUUUUGUUGUUUCUUUCUAACUGUCUGAAUCAAAGCUGAUCUAACGGUCUACCGCCUGCACACAGGCCUUAAUGCUUCUAGAUACUAAUUCCACCUGCGUGUAUUAACUUCAUAUUUCUCUAAACUUAUACCAUAAGUUUAGUGACAUGUACAAUGACGCUUGAACAUAUCCUGCCUCCACCGCCCCCUCUCGCAGCCUAUUUCCAUUACCAAUUACAAUUGUGUGAAAUUGUUCCUCCCAAUUCCCCUUCAAUUUUCUGAAUAAUUAUAAAACCAUAAUGCUAAAAUGUGUAAACUUGGAAUACAAAACCAAGGUAAUUUAAAACAUUGAAAUUUAUUAUCUAGGAUACAAACAUAAUGCAAAAUGUUUACAUUUCACAAACUUGAUGUGGUUGCAAAUUGAACUGGAGCUUGGUCAAAAUGACCUGGACGUUUGUGAGUGUGCGUUUAUUAAUGGUGAUCUUGUUUCUUAGCAGAAAGGAUUUUGCUAAGUAAAAUACCAGAAAUAAUGAUAAAAUAUGGUUCAUUCCGAGAGCGGGGAGCAUCUGAAUAUUUUAUCUGCUUUAGA